CGGUUCUCGCCAGGAGACAAGAGAAGGAAACAGCGUCGUUUAUGAGUCUGCAAUGUCUUUGGAUCAAUAUCAUGUGCCUGGACCCGGCGAUCAUUGGGCGUGGCGAGUUACUGUACAGAGUACCCCGGAGUAAAGUGACCUUCGGUUCGGCUUUUAUUAUUUUGAGGUCCCAGAUGCCGCGGUCCGCACGGGCAAAUAUGGAUAAUGCCCCGGACCCCGUAGUAGUACAAAAUACUGGCUAAGGGGACUGAAUUGAUUUUUGACACUCUUUUUAAGUUGUCUUGUCAUUCCUAUUCCCUCCUCCCAUUAAAAACAAAACGAAUAUCAUCGCAACCAUGUCUUCGCCACAGCAACGCUUGUCUUCUAUCACAAACCAAGUGUCUGGAGGUGCCACCGCCAGACAACAACUCCUGUCCAAGAACCCUGAUGAUGUGGUCAUCACAUACGCUGCGCGCACUCCUCUUACCAAGUCCCGGAAGGGUGGAUUGAAGGACACUUCCAUUGACGACUUGCUCAUUUCGCUUCUGACGACCAUCCGCGAGAAGUCGAACCUCGAUCCCAACCUCGUGGAGGAUGUCUGCGUCGGCAACGUCCUUGCUCCUGGCUCUGCCUAUGUCGCCCGUUCCGCCGUUCUCGCCGCAGGAUACCCCGUGACAGCUGCUGCAUCCAUCGCGAACCGAUUCUGCUCCUCCGGUUUGCUCUCAGUUCAGAACAUUGCCAACCAGAUCAUCGCUGGCUCGAUUGACAUUGGUAUUGCGGUGGGCGCCGAGAGCAUGAGCACUACCCCCGAUGGCGGUGCACCAGAGAUGUCGGAUAAGAUCUUGUCGCACCCGAUUGCGUCGCAGAACCAGCAGCCCAUGGGCCAGACUUCGGAGAACGUCGCCGCUCAGUUCAAUAUUCCCCGUGAAGCGCAUGACCAGUUUGCUGCCAAGAGCUUCCAGAAGGCCGAACACGCGCAGAAGUCCGGCUGGACGGCCGACGAGAUCAUCCCUGUCCAGACCAAGGUCAAGGACCCCAAGACCGGUGAAUUCAAGGACGUGGUUGUCAACCGGGAUGACGGUAUUCGCUAUGGUACUACCCCGGAGUCGCUGGGCAAGGUCCGGUCCGCAUUCCCUCAGUGGAAGCCCAGUGCUACGACAGGUGGAAAUGCUAGUCAGAUCACCGAUGGUGCAGCUGGUCUUCUUCUUAUGAAGAGAUCGCGCGCGCAGGCUCUGGGACAGCCCAUCGUGGCCAAGUUCUGCGGAGCUACCGUUGCGGGCCUGGAGCCCCGUAUCAUGGGUAUCGGGCCAUCUCUCGCUAUUCCUAAGAUUCUUUCCAAGUUCAAUCUGAGCAAGGAAGAAAUUGACAUCUUCGAGAUUAAUGAAGCUUUUGCGUCUAUGGGCGUCUACUGUGUUAACAAGCUCGGACUCGAUCUCGCUAAGGUCAACCCGCGUGGCGGUGCUAUUGCCCUUGGUCACCCGCUGGGUUGCACUGGUGCACGCCAGGUUGUUACUGCUCUGUCUGAGUUGCGGCGACAGGACAAGAGAGUCGCAGUGACUUCAAUGUGUGUUGGGACAGGCAUGGGUAUGGCUGGUAUCUUUGUUUCCGAGCACUAGGACUAUUAUAUGCUGGGAUAAAAUUAUGAAUGUAAUUAUAUUAAUGAUGAGUUUGGAAUCUUUGUCUGUGCUUGUACUAUAUCGACAUCCGAUAUCGCUACGGUGAUAAGAUCAGUGGGUCGCCCGAUAACUAUGGUCGAGGAUAUGCUGAGAUAAAUCUGAGUCCAUUAUGCUGCGUUGCUGCA